AUGGAUGCUGCCCUUAUAGGGGGCGGCAUUCUGCAUGUCCUCUCUCGCAAGUUGCUGCUGUGGAAACUGUUGUGGGACAAGAACUGCAGGGGCAUUAGUUUGAUUACGCAAGAGCUAUUCUUAAUCAUUUUCAUCUUUCGUUACCUCGACCUAUUGUAUCUCUAUGUGUCCUUGGCCAACACGAUCGUCAAGGUGUUUCACCUCGUCGUCGCCCUCGCCAUUGUCCUUCUUAUGCGCUACUCUCCAGCAUCGCAAACCUACGAUGCUGACCUGGACACGUUUCCACGUGGCGCGUUAAUUCUGCCCUGCUUAAUAUUGGCCAUUUUUCUCAAUCGCGUCAAGCUCAUCAUCGAAAUUUGUCAUUCGUUCAGCGUAUACUUGGAAGUCGUGGCUCUAGUUCCACAGUUUGUGUUGCUCUACAAGCGGCAAAUCUAUGAGGGUUGGGCCUUGGCCUUCACCGUGCUGUGUGGAGCGGAGCGGCUGUUGCAGGGCAUCUCCGUCGUCACAGACUGGCAGGAGUCUUACCGGGAAGAUCCGUACAGUGUCCUGGCGGAUAUGGUUCAUGCCGUCGUGUUCAUUAGCGGCCUGGCAGUGGUGAUCUGGCAGCGGUUCCAGGUCAAGAAGCAGCAGGGAAUGAACGAGUCGGGAGCGCAGCUGCCCAACUUUGACGAGGUCUGGGACGCCAGCAAGUUCAAAUUCGAGGACCAGGAGGCGGUUCGGGGGGAGACUGUGCCUGUGCUGGGGCGCAGGUAG